AUGGGAAGUGGGAAAGGCAGACAAGAGGUCCACCCCUCUUUCUCCCUCUUUGCUCUUCCACCGCGCGGGUGGGGUCCGGCCAGCCGUGGGUGGAGCGCCACGCUAGCGGAGAAACUGGCCAGACCCGCCCCCGAGGCCCCGCGGAUCCGACUCUCUGGGCGGACGGGGGGCGGAGCCCGCGCUCGGGAACCUCCUCCGGGGCGGCGGGGGCGGUCCCCUUGGGUCCUCACGCCUCCCCCCCUUCUCCCGGCGGUGCUGGCUGCGGCCGCGUCUGUGGUGAGUAUGCCGGGCCUUGGCUCCGCAGGCGCCUGGGACGCGCAGUCCGGUGCGGCGGGCGGCGGCGGGCUCGGUGUGGGCAUCGCCGUGGGGCGCAUCCGGGUGGGCACCGCGCUGGGGCUGGGCGCGCGGGAGGCGGGCGCAGCGCGGCGGGGCCUGGCUCGGUGCGGCUGUCCUGCCCCAGUCCGAGCGGUGGGGCCUGACAGGGUCCUGCGGAGGCCGAGCCUGGCGGGAGGCACCGGCGCAGGUGCGAGCGCCCCCGCGGCGCUCCCUCUGCUGCGGACGGGGAAGCCGGCCCGGUGCUGCCAGUUAACACAGGACCAUCCGGCAGCUCUUGCCUAGAGUGCGAGACACUGCUCCUGUGUGCUCUGUGGCUUCAGGAUGGAAGUGAUGUCUAAGCAGCAGUUCCUUUCAGAAUCAGAAAAGAGAAGCACUGCUUUUGAAUACUCAAUGGCAGAGGACCAGAAGGUGGUGGACGUGACCGAGAGAAAGUGGCAUUUA